UUCCUCCGAGCUGUGCCGCGGUCGCCAGGGCCAGCUGCAUGGGGAAGGCCUCUCCACGGGCUAUGGUGCUGCAGUGGGCGGGAUCCUAGGAGGUGGGUGGGAAGCAGGCCACCAGCCUCCAAGGAGAAACCACCCGGCACAGAGACAGAGACAUUUCAGAUGGUGUACCGGUUUGAUGCCAUCAGGGCUUUCGGGUACUUGUCUCGGCUGAAGGUGGCACAGACGGCCCUGACGGUGGUGGCCUUGCCGCCUAGCCUCUACUGGUACUUCCAGGGCCUCAUGACCUUCAACUCCCUGUGCCUGGCGGGCGGGAUCGCUGGCUUUGCCCUGGCCAUGUUGUGCUGGAUGAGCCAUUUCUUCCGGAGGCUGGUGGGCAUCUUGUACGUGAAUGAGUCGGGCACCAUGCUGCGGGUGGCCCACCUGACCUUCUGGGGCCGGCGACAGGAGACAUACUGCCCUGUGGCCGACGUGAUCCCCAUGACGGAAAGCCAGGAUCGGCCUCAGGAGCUGUUCGUGCGGAUCCAGCAGUACAGUGGGAAACAGACCUUCUACCUCACCCUGCGCUACGGACGCAUCCUGGACCGAGAGCGUUUCACACAGGUGUUUGGGAUGCUGGACAAGUUCAAGUGAACGGACA